CAACUGCUGUGCCUGCUGGGCCAACUGCUGUGACUGGAGUGCCACGAUGGAAGCGAGAUCCGGAUCAGGCAGAGGAACCCCAGUGGGAUCCAUGGCCAGGUCUUGCUGUAAUGGAGCUGGAUGUGGAUCCUUUAACCUGUGUGGCAGAUGAUUCGGACUGUAUCGGGGAGCGGAGUCUGUUGCAAGGCAGGAUGGGCUUGCUGGGCAGGCCACACCAAGGUCGCUACCCCCGACACGGCUCGAUCCCACAGGAAGCUGGGCAAGGCGAGGCACCAGAAGGUCAAGACAGGCAGCAAAGGUGUGGAGUCUAAUAACGUAGCGGAAGGUCUAAAAACACAGUCCCCAUAGGAGACUGGUACAUGGAAUAUUUUGAUUGCAAACACCGAACCGUCCUUCUCCAUAGAACAGCAUUGAUCAGUGUUAUCAGCGUCUAUAAAGGGGUCCUCCGGUGCUCCACAUUGUUUCUCCAAUCCAGGAUCCUCUGCUGAUAUCUUCUAUAUAAGAGAAUUCUCCUGGAUGACCCAUCAACCAUGGAGAGAGACAGGAACAAGAUGGCCGACAGGAUCAUAAACCUCACUCUACAGAUACUUUUCCGGCUUACUGGAGAGGAUUACACAGUAGUGAAGAAGUCUUCUAGUGGGCGCUGUCGGGCCCCUGUGUGUGAAGAAUGGGGAAGAACCCUGAGACCAAUCCAGGGGCCCCCACCUCACUCCCUGAUACAUGAGGAAAUGGAUGAACAGAAGAUCCGAGAACUCAUCAAUAAGAUGAUGGAGCUGCUGACUGGAGAGGUUCCUAUAAGGUGUCAGGACGUGGCGGUCUAUUUCUCCAUGGAGGAGUGGGAGUAUGUAGAAGGACACAAGGAUCAGUACAAGGAUCAGGUCAUGAUGGAGGAUCAGCAGCCCCUCACAUCACCAGUCAGAUCCAGUAAGAGAACAGCACCAGAGAGGUGUCCCCGUCCUCUUGAUGAGCAGUAUAAGGAGGAAAUUACUACAGGGAAAGAUCUGAUCUAUAUCAAUAAUACAGACAUAAGGGAAGAAGAAGAGACAGAUGUGAGCAGUGAUGAGCAGUGUAAGGAGGACAGUCCUACAUGUAACCACCAAGAUUCUUGUACCAGGAGAUCAGAGGAGAAUCUUAUAUCUUCAGAUUAUAAAGCAGAUGAUGAUAUCACACAAGAUACAUAUGAAGAACAUUCCAUUAUACCAGAUACACCCUCAGCCCUUCACAGCCAAGAUCUCUCAUCUCAUCCUUAUAUACAGGUCCUGUCUUCUCAGUCAUCACAGGAUGUUCAGCAAAAUAAAGGUCACAGAAGGGGUGUUGGACGUCAAAGAGAUUGUAUAAGGAAGAUGCAAUAUUCAUGUUCAGAAUGUGGGAAAUGUUUUACUGGCAAAUCAAAUCUUGUUAAACAUCAAAGAACUCACACAGGGGAGAAGCCAUUUUCAUGUGCAGAGUGUGGGAAAUGUUUUAAUAACCAAUCAAAUCUUGUUCAGCAUCAAAGAACUCACACAGGGGAGAAACCAUUUUCAUGUGCAGAGUGUGGGAAAUGUUUUAGUAACUUUUCACAGCUUGUUCAACAUCAAAGAACUCACACAGGGGAGAAGCCAUUUUCAUGUGCAGAGUGUGGGAAAUGUUUUAGUAACCAAUCAAAUCUUGUUAAACAUCAAAGAACUCACACAGGGGAGAAGCCAUUUUCAUGUGCAGAGUGUGGGAAAUGUUUUAGUAACUUUUCACAUCUUGUUCAACAUCAAAGAAUUCACACAGGGGAGAAGCCAUUUUCAUGUGCAGAGUGUGGGAAAUGUUUUUGUAACCAAUCAAAUCUUGUUAAACAUCAAAGAACUCACACAGGGGAGAAGCCAUUUUCAUGUGCAGAGUGUGGGAAAUGUUUUAGUAACUUAUCACAUCUUGUCCAACAUCAAAGAACUCACACAGGGGAGAAGCCAUUUUCAUGUUUAGAAUGCCAACAAUGUUUUGCUCAGUAUUCAAGUCUUUUUAAACACCAAAGAACUCACAAAGGGGAGAAGCCAUUUUCAUGUUCAGAAUGUGGGAAAUGUUUUACUGUCAAAUCAAGUCUUGUUAAACAUGAACGUACUCACACAGGAGAGAAACCAUAUUCAUGUGUAGAAUGUGGGAAAUGUUUUACUGUCAAAUCAAGUCUUGUUAAACAUCAAAGAACUCACACAGGAGAGAAGCCAUUUUCAUGUGCAGAGUGUGGGAAAUGUUUUACUCAGCAGUCACAUCUUGUUCAACAUCAAAGAACUCACAGAGGGGGUAAGCAAUUAUCAUGCGUAUAAUGUAGGAAAUGUGUUACUGACACAUCACAUCUUCAACAUCAGAGAACUCAUGCAGGGCAGAAACCAUUUUCAUGUGCAGACUGAGGGAAAUGUUUUAGUAACCAAUCACAUCUUGUUCAACAUCAAAGAACUCACACAAGGGAGAAGCCAUUUUCAUGUCCAGAAUGUGGAAAAGGUUUUACUGGCAAAUCAAAUCUUGUUAAAUAUCAAACAACUCACACAGGGGCAAAACCAUUUUCAUGUGCAGAAUGUGGGAAAUGUUUUACUCAGCAAUCAAGUCUUGUUCAAUAUCAAAAAAUGCAUACAGGACAGAAGCCAUUUUAAUGUUGAGAAUGUGAGAAAUGAUUCAGAGCAAUAAAUGAUGCAGAUAAGACAUCUAUAUAUUCACCAUGUACAUAGGAUAUCUGACAUUUAUACAUAUAUCAUAUACUGCAUCUCCAAACUUGUUCCCAAUUGAUAAUAAAAGUUUUCUUUUAGAACGUAGUCACCGAUCCAGCGAUGUCAUCACUAUAGUUUACAUGGUAGGAAAAGAGUGUGAUAUAUGGUUGUGAUAUUCACUGCUCCUCAUGGAGAAGACCCAACAGGCAUAAUCCAUGGGGAGCUGCUACUGGAGACCCAAACACCUCAGAGAGAAGGGACUUAUUCCAGUGAUGAAGAAUUCCAGGACAUGACCAGAUUAGAGACACA